GGGCGCCCAGCCUCCCCUCCUGGCCUCCCACCUCUUCUCCCGCAGGCAACGCGGCACAAUGCAUCGCGGUGGGAGGCAAGCUGGGCUCCCCUGCUCCGCCGGGAAGCGGCUGCCCCUCCCUCUGGAUCACACAGGGUUUUUGCAGUAGGUGACAGCAGGAUCGGGCACCAGGGAAGCAAUUGAUUCCUCUCUAACCCGCAUCCCAGAGUUGCCUACGCUGCCCAGAGAGAGAGAGAGAGAGAGGAAAGAGAAGAAGGGAGAGAAAGAGAGACUUACAAAACCUUCCAUGUGGAGUAGUCUGGGUGAUUCACUGCCCACCGCUGCAGACUCUAGCUGCACUUAGUUUUCGCCUCUGACAGGGGCAUAUCUGCUGGUCUUUCAAGCCAAGUCGCUGGAACUUAACACCUCCCCCCCCAGCAGGGAGUUGGCAAGAAUUUGGCUGCCUAUUCUGCUGCAAUCCUCUACUGUCCUGGUGUGCCAGCCUUCCACCAUGACUGACACUGUGGUGAACCGAUGGAUGUACCCUGGUGAUGGCCCUCUGCAGUCAAAUGACAAGGAACAGCUGCAGGCAGGAUGGUCCGUCCAUCCUGGAGCACAGACCGACAGGCAGAGGAAGCAGGAAGAACUGACAGAUGAGGAGAAGGAGAUCAUCAACAGAGUGAUCGCUCGGGCAGAGAAGAUGGAAGCCAUGGAACAAGAACGCAUUGGGCGCCUGGUGGACCGUCUAGAGACCAUGAGGAAGAACGUGGCUGGAGACGGUGUGAACCGCUGCAUUCUGUGUGGGGAACAACUGGGUAUGCUGGGCUCAGCCUGUGUCGUGUGUGAAGACUGUAAGAAGAAUGUCUGCACCAAGUGUGGGGUUGAGACCUCCAACAACCGUCCGCAUCCGGUAUGGCUCUGCAAGAUCUGCCUUGAGCAGAGAGAGGUCUGGAAGCGCUCAGGAGCAUGGUUCUUCAAAGGUUUCCCCAAGCAGGUCCUUCCACAGCCCAUGCCUAUAAAGAAGACCAAGCCCCAGCAGCCUGCUGGUGAACCGGCCACCCAGGAGCAGCCUACACCUGAGUCCAGGCAUCCAGCCAGGGCUCCAGCUCAAGGUGACAUGGAGGACAGGAGGCCCCCAGGACAGAAGCCAGGCCCUGACCUCACCUCUGCUCCUGGGAGAGGAAGCCAUGGGCCUCCCACGCGUAGGGCCUCUGAGGCACGGAUGAGUACAGCCGCCCGGGAUUCUGAGGGCUGGGACCAUGCCCACGGUGGGGGUGCUGGAGACACCAGCCGGAGCCCAGCAGGUGAGCGAGGUUUAAGGCGAGCUAACUCAGUCCAGGCAGCCCGCCCUGCCCCAGCCCCAGUGCCAAGCCCGGCACCUCAUCAGCCGGUGCAGCCAGGGCCCCCUGGGGGCAGCAGGGCCACUCCUGGGCCAGGACGCUUUCCGGAGCAGAGCACAGAGGCUCCUCCAAGUGACCCUGGCUAUCCAGGGGCUGUCGCCCCAGCCCGAGAGGAGAGGACAGGACCUGCGGGGGUCUUCCAGGCAGCGCCCCACACUGCAGCUCCCUAUUCCCAGGCAGCCCCUGCCCGCCAGCCACCACCUGCGGAGGAGGAGGAGGAAGAAGCCAAUAGUUAUGACUCCGAUGAAGCAACCACACUGGGUGCCCUGGAAUUCAGUCUUCUCUAUGACCAAGACAACAGCAACCUGCAGUGCACCAUCAUCAGGGCGAAGGGACUGAAGCCCAUGGAUUCCAAUGGCUUGGCGGAUCCCUAUGUGAAGCUUCAUCUGCUGCCUGGAGCCAGCAAGUCCAACAAGCUUCGUACAAAGACCCUGCGUAACACUCGGAACCCUGUGUGGAAUGAGACACUGCAGUAUCAUGGCAUUACAGAGGAGGACAUGCAGAGGAAGACACUAAGGAUCUCCGUGUGUGAUGAAGACAAGUUUGGCCACAACGAGUUCAUUGGUGAGACCAGGUUCUCGCUCAAGAAGCUGAAGGCUAACCAGAGGAAAAACUUCAACAUCUGCCUGGAGCGGGUGAUCCCGAUGAAGAGAGCAGGGACCACCGGGUCGGCCCGUGGCAUGGCUCUCUAUGAGGAGGAGCAGGUGGAGCGGAUCGGCGACAUAGAGGAACGGGGCAAGAUCCUGGUGUCCCUCAUGUACAGCACGCAGCAGGGCGGCCUUAUUGUGGGAAUUAUCCGCUGUGUGCACCUGGCUGCCAUGGACGCCAACGGCUACUCAGACCCCUUUGUCAAGCUCUGGCUGAAACCGGACAUGGGGAAGAAAGCCAAGCACAAGACUCAGAUUAAAAAGAAGACCCUGAAUCCCGAGUUUAACGAGGAGUUCUUUUAUGAUAUCAAACACAGCGACCUGGCCAAAAAGUCUCUGGAUAUCUCGGUGUGGGACUACGACAUUGGCAAGUCUAAUGAUUACAUUGGAGGCUGCCAGCUGGGGAUCUCGGCCAAAGGCGAGCGCUUGAAACAUUGGUAUGAGUGUCUGAAGAACAAAGACAAGAAGAUUGAGCGCUGGCACCAACUGCAGAACGAGAACCAUGUGUCCAGUGAUUAGGACCUGGUGCCCUGGUGUCCCCCGUCUCUGCCCCAGCCGCUCUCCCCUUUCAGAGCCUCCCCUGCCAACUAUGAACCUUUGAUGUCUCCCCUACUUCAGGUCCUGCUACAGAAGAAGAACUCUCUGGGCUUCAGGGUCUGGAUGGGAGCCCUCUCUGGUCCCCAGAGGUUGGGUAGUGGGUGUGGGGAGACAUUUACAAAGAGAUUUACUCUGACCUUAAGCAUCUUCAGGUCCCCUUGGGCACUGGUGAACCCAUAGGUUGUAAGGACCAGGAGGAGGGCAGAAAUUAUACAUUGAGGCUGCCUCUGUCCAUCCAAAGCACUCCAGGAAGAAAAAAAAAAGGAGAGAGAGACAGAGAGACAGACACACACACACACCUAUCCCCUCUAGACACACCAGGAACUAGAUACAGAGAAUACACAGAGGGCCUGCCCCCUCCCCACACCCUUUCAGGAAGCUGCCCAUUGGCUUCCUAGUAAAACUAACUCCUCUCUCUGCACCUCUUUCCUCCUUGCUCCUUGCUCAUCUUAUCAGUACCUCCUCACCCACCCUCCCUCCCCUCUCCUCCCGCCUCCACAGUGGGGGAUGCAAGGCAGAGCCUCCCCAUGUGCCCCUUGCCAGCCUGGCCAGCAACCUCCCAAGCUGGAUGAAGCUGGGACCCACAUCUCUGACAUUAACACACCUCCCAUUGGCAUGGCUGGCUAUCUUUGAGCCUGGGGCCCGCAGCCGACACAGCCUGGGUGCAUGGCAGCACUAUAGACAUCCUGAGAAACAGGGUCUUUCUCAUCCCUGGCUCCCCAAAUGGGCACAGGUGGCACAGAGCUCUGUGUAUGAGGGGACCUGCUCCUGGACCCCAUGCUUCUAUCCUUCCUCUACUCUUUGCAAAGAGCAAAGGACCCUCUCCCCAAACUCCCGCUCAGAGCCACCUCUGUUCUGUCUACCUUCCACUCUCUUCCCCAUGAUUCCUGGUGGCGAUCAAAUAACCGUAUUUAGAGCUUUAAUUAGGUCAGAACUCUCUUGGUCCAUGACAAAUCCAGAGGAAUGUACACCUGAGGCUGGAGUCAGGCCAUCUUCCCCACAUGAGACGCAAGUCUGGUUUUUCCCAUCUUGAUAGUUUUGCCCCAUCAACAUCGCAAACCCCACCACUCCCUAUAGCGUCAGGCAAACCAACACUAAAACCUUCCCAUUCCCAAGUCUCACAGUCUUGCUUGUUCCUUCCAACGUCUCUUGAGAUGCACCCUGCUCUCGGUAACUCGUGCUGUUCCUGAGGGACUCUUGUGUUUCCCUGAAAUGACUCUCUUCUAGAAUCAGGCUCUGCCUGCCCCAAGGUGGUUAACCUUCCCACUUCCAUGGCUCCCCUGGUUAGUCCCUAUAGGUGCAAUGCUCCGCCCACUUGCCCACUUCCCUGUCAUGGUCACCUUUAGGAGAAAGCAUGCUGGCUGAGUCGCCCAAGCCUGAUGCUGGUUUUGGCUCUGGACUCGGAAUGCAGCCUGCUCGCAGCGCCCUGAUGCCCUCCGCGACACACCCACCCACCCCUCCACAUAGAACACAAGUCCCCGGGUGCAUGCACCAUGCCCACUGCCUUUCUUUGCACUGAUGUAGCCAAAAAUAAAGUAGGAAU